AUGGCGGCGUCUAACUCCAUGGCAUCUAACCCUAUGCUACCUCUACCGACGACGUCGAUGCCUCCCCCGUCUGCAUAUGGCCAGUCUCCCUUGCGCAGACCGUCAUUCGACACUCGGCCCAAGCCAACAUUCGCUAUGCCGACUCCCCGACCUGCGCAGCCUGCCGCACCUCUACCGAACCAACCAUCUCUCCAAAGACCCAUGACUCCAGAUACCGAGAAAAGUCUCACUCUGCCACCGCUCAGACUCUUCGGAGCGAGUGGGCAGAAACUUGAUCCACUGGUCCCCAGAUAUAAUAUGCCAGCACCCACUGCAACGAAGAGGUCCUUCAGCCCUGGGUCUUACAAUCAAAACACGUCCUUAAAAGACGGAGCUCGACCUGGACUGCCUCCUGCGCGUUGUCCGCCACCUCCUCCGCCGAGCGGUAACGAUAUUAUCGAACCAGACGUCGGUGGUGAUGAUGAUGACGACGAAGAGGCAGAAUUGUUCGCAGAUGCAUUGAUUUACACCCGUGCCGAUGGUACAAAAAGCUACAGAUAUCGCCCAGGGGCCAGUUAUUUUCGGUAA